AUGUCUUGCGAGUACCCCGUCGCGUGUGCAAACCUCAACCUCUUCGACGACGACGAAGCCCGGUGGCGGGCGGUGCAGACGCGCGACGGCCUAGCAGACGGCUUCUUCGUCUACGCCGUCAGGACGACAAAGGUGUACUGCCGGCCCAUCUGCAAGGCCCGCCUGGCCCGCCGGUCCAACGUCCGCUUCUACGCGACGGGGGCGCAGGCGCAGGCGGCCGGGUUCAGGGCGUGCAAGCGCUGCCGGCCCGAAAUGGAGGGCUUCAUGCCCGAGGAGCGCGCCGUCCGGCGGAUCCGCGCGUUUGUCCUGGAGCGGGCUGGCACGGCGGCGGGCGAGCAGGGCUUGAGCCUGAGCCAGAUGGCUGGGAGGUCGGGGCUGUCCAAGUGGCACUUUCACAGGGUGUUCAAGAGGACCGUGGGCGUGACGCCGUUUGAGUACCUGCGCAACGAGAGGGCUGCCUGGGGGGGAAGCGCGACGGGGGAUGGCGAGGGAGUGUGGGAUGGGGAGCAGGCUGCGAUGGCCGGGGCGUUGGGCUUGGACGACUUCAAUCUUUGGACCGUGGGCACCGUGGGCUCCUUGGGCUUGGAGACGGACGGUUCUGGCGAGAGCGCGAGUGCGAGUCUGGGGCUGGAGCUGGAUGAUUUGUUGGUUUGGCCGGAUGAGGCGACGGGGUGA